CUCUGAUAGCUAAGCUCUCCUGCUUUCAGUCGUCCUUCAGUACUGUCGGGGAGAGUUCUCCUGUAGACCCAAUCAUCCUCUAACUUUUAACAAUGGCGGGGACACUUGCUCGCAAAGCCAUCGACCACCUGAAGAGCAAAGACUUCAGAGAUUAUUUAAUGAGCACGCAUUUCUGGGGUCCAGUCGCAAACUGGGGUCUUCCCAUUGCUGCCAUCACAGAUAUGAAGAAGAGCCCUGAAAUCAUCAGCGGCAGGAUGACCUUCGCUCUGUGCUGUUACUCUCUCCUCUUCAUGAGGUUCGCCUACAAGGUUCAGCCUCGUAACUGGCUCCUCUUUGCCUGCCACCUGACCAACGAGGGAGCACAGCUGGUCCAGGGAGGUCGACUCAUCAAAUACAACAUGGAGAAGAAGAUGGGAUCAUAGUGGUGAAAAGAAGAUGGUAGAACACAGAAUGCUGCUUCUACAACCCACUAAAGUUGCACACCUGAACUCGUUUUGGCUCGAUCCACAUGACAAAAAAUAAACUUUGGUUCUUAAUCAGAAAUAUUCAAAUAUAAAUUGUGAUAUCAUUGCAUCGAUUUAUCGGUUAGUGGUUUCCCUAUGGGUUCCCUUUCUCACUAAUCUAUUAGUGUUGGCUUUUUUUUUUUUUUUUUUUACCUAGUUGAAUUUGAUCAAUCCAUCACUUACCACCUGUCCAUCAGGGUCACUCAUGGAGGACUGGUUACCUACCAGGACAAGUUACCAGGAAGCUAGUUGAAUUUUACUAGCUAAGUUAAAGAGUUUGUUGACCUAACCAUUUUAAUUCCAGCAUUUUCCUAAUAAAAAUGUGAAUAUUCA